CAGUUAUGAGUAUUUCGCCGGGCUUUAAAACGUGCACACGCGACGAGUAUAAAAUGCCUGUAAUAAAAGGCUGUGGCAAGCAUUAAUUGUUCAGUACUCCGACGAGUCGCAACUAACCGAGCGGCCAGCCCCACCAACAAAUCAACCAUCCAUCCAGCAUCCCAACUAUACAAAAAAUCAUUGGCCUAACCUUUACGGAAAAAAGAAUCCGCCACGUCGCCAACUAAAAAAACGUUGUUCAGCCCGUGAUAAACGCGUGUGUUUGUGUGAAGCAAGAAGUAGCAGCUUGAAACCGUGUCCCAUUUACUCCAAGAAGAUUGCAUAAUUUCUCAUUAAAGAUGAAGUUUGUUAUUGUAUUUGUUGCUGUUUGCAUUGUCUCCGUCAUGGCUGCGCCAGCACCACAGCAAGAAGUACAGGUUUUACGUUACGAUUCCGAUGUGGAGCCUGAGGGAUAUAAAUUUCUUGUUGAGACCAGUGAUGGUAAAUUACACGAGGAGGAGGGCAAACUGAAGGACGUCGGCACCGAUCAUGAGGCGAUAGUUGUACGUGGUUCCUUCUCUUAUGUCGGCGAUGAUGGUCAAACUUACACUGUCAACUACAUAGCUGAUGAGAAUGGCUUCCAGCCGGAGGGCGCUCAUCUGCCACGUGUCUAAGACGGUUGACACUGUUUGUAGGCGUUCCUUUUCUAUCACAAAUCCCAUCUGAUCUGUACGAGUACUGAGUUUCAAACGAGCGGGCAUAUCCAGCGAUUUUAUAUUCAUUGUGUUAACUAGGUUUAAGCUACAUACACACAGAUACUAUUUACAUAAGUGAACAAGAAGAACACAAAACAUUGUAAUGCGAGCAUGAGCAAAUAAAUCCGAGUACAUUAUGUUAAUGACUUCAAAUAACUGAA